UUAAGACAAAACCAGGCCAUGCCGAAAUGACAAAAACACCACUUCCUAAUCGUCAACUCCGACGACUUAAUUAUUAGUUUGUUGAAGAAUGGAACUCUCAUAGUCAGAUCUCAGAUCAGAUCCCACUAAUUAAUCUUGUUUAGCUUAAACCCAAAUAAUUCUCCACACAAGAGCAGCAGUCCCACGAUCUAUGUAAGCAAGUUACAGCAUCUUCAAACUUUGGACGUUGAUUUUACCAAAUCAGCUAGCGGCGGAGAUCAUUGAAGACUUUUUCGUUUUGUGAGCAGAGUUUGACUUGUGCUGCCAGCCUGCCAUAAUCUAUAAAGGAUGGAAAUUCAACAUUUUUGCCACGAUGACCAUCCGUUGGUCUUCAAUGAAGACGAGAGAGGAGAAAAUCGUUGUUUGGCGUGUAGGGAACCUGUGUUAGGUCCUAGCUACAGUUGUAUAACAUGCAAAUGGUACCACCAUCAUAAAUCAUGUGCGGAAUUAUCCCGUGAGUUGCAACAUCCCUUGCACCCAAAACAUCCUCUUAUUCUCUUUGACGAAUGGGAAAUUGAUGAAGACAAAGAAUAUAGCAAAUGCGAAGUUUGCAAAGAACAUCGUGAUGAAUACGCUUAUGGAUGUUUCCGUUGUAACUUUAACCUUCACACCAAAUGUGCUUUCUUACCGCUCACCUUAGAAUCUGAAGUCCACGACUAUCCAUUAACUCGCAUUUGGAAGUUUAUGAAGUUCACUUGCGACCUUUGUGGCAAAGAAGGCAAUGUGCCCUUUCUUUGUGCCCAAUGCAAUUUCUGUAUUCAUGAAACUUGUGCUUCUUCUUAUCUACGCAGAGUCAAAGCUAUACGUCACAACCACCCCCUCCAUCUCACCUAUUCUUCUCGUGAAGUACCUCAAUCUGAUUUCCCAUUUUGUCAACUAUGUGUUCAAAAAGUGGACACAGACUACAGGUUCUACUAUUGUUCGAGUUGCGAUUAUGUUGCCCACCUUGAUUGUGCUAUGGACGAGAGAAAUAGGGAGGACAUAAAUUUGCUUAAACUUACAAAUGGUGAGUCCAAUGAGCUAGAAAUUGAAGAUUUAGAGUUGGAUGGAUCUGUUGACUUAGCAACUUACAUAGUCAAAAAAAUCAAUGUAGGUGAGGACGGAAUUGAAAUUCUCACAGAAAUCAAACACUUCAGUCAUGAGCAUGAUUUAAAGCUUUCUGAUGAGGUUGAGAAUAACAAAAAAUGCGACGGGUGCUUACGAGCCAUUCUCCCUCCGUUUUACAAAUGUGCCAAGUGCAAUUUUUUUCUUCAUAAAUCUUGUAUUGAAUUACCUAGAAAAAAGCGACACCCACUCACCCUCCUCCCAAAGGCACCUUAUUGGAGUCAGUCAUUUAUGUGUAAUGCUUGUGAACAAUCUUGCAAUGGCUUCACCUAUUAUUGUGAGACAUGCAAGUUUGAUCUUGGAAAUCCUUUCCCACAAAGGUCAUGAGCAUCCUCUUUACCUCUCUAGCACAAGAUAUAGUCAGAAUUGUAGUAGUUGUGACUUUGAAAGUUCCCUAUUAUCCAGUCAAA